GGGAAGCAGACAAAACGCAGCUGCUUUAGCUGGGAAACAUAAGAUUUGUGUUUGGUGCAAUCCAUCCAUUUACCUCAAAUUUUCAAUGGCCAAGUGAGAGGUUAAAAUCCAGAAGAUGUAGGAACGCUUUGAAAUCUUUUAACCCUGCUUUACUGAGAGAAUCCUUAUUUUUCCAUUGCUGGUGACGUUUCUUUGGGACAAUCCAUCUCUCAGGGCAACCCGUCUGAAGUGGAUCAUGCCCCCUAGAUAGCAGCCUCGUCCUCCUCUCCACUCCCCAUCCCUGCCCUUGGCCCCUUCCUCUACCAUCCUGGUCCAGCACCACCACUGCCACGUGUGUCACCACAGCCAUCAUGCCCCCCAGGAAGAGGACGCGGCCGGGCCUGGGCUUCCUGUGCUGCUUUGGUAGCAGCGAGCCCCCAGAGAUCAACUUGAAGGACACUGUUCCCUUGCAGCUGCUGGAGUUCAGUGCACCCAUGCCACUCGCUGAGGAGCUGCAUGCACGCUUCUCCGAAUUGGUGGAUGAACUGGACCUGACGGAUAAGAACAGGGAGGCCAUGUUCGCUCUGCCAGAUGAGAAGAAAUGGCAAAUCUACUGCAGCAAGAAGAAGGAGCAAGAGGACCCCAACAAGCUGGCCACCAGCUGGCCCGACUACUACAUUGACCGCAUCAACUCCAUGGCUGCUAUGCAGACCCUGUUUGCUUUUGAUGAGGAGGAAAUGGAAAUGAGGAACAAGGUGGUGGAAGAUCUGAAGACAGCACUUCGGACUCAGCCAAUGAGGUUUGUCACACGUUUUAUCGAACUGGAUGGCCUCACCUGCCUCCUCAACUUCCUGCGCAGCAUGGACUACGAGACGUCAGAGAGCCGCGUCCACACCUCCGUCAUUGGCUGCAUCAAGGCCCUGAUGAACAACUCGCAGGGCCGAGCUCACGUCCUGGCCCACCCGCAGAGCAUCAACACCAUCUCACAGAGCCUGCGGACGGAGAACAUCAAGACCAAAGUGGCGGUGCUGGAGAUUCUCGGGGCAGUGUGCCUGGUGCCUGAUGGACACAAGAAGGUGCUGCAGGCCAUGGCACACUACCAGAAAUACGCUGCUGAGAGGACUCGGUUCCAGACUCUGCUGAAUGAGCUGGACAAGAGCACAGGCCGCUACAGAGAUGAGGUCAACCUGAAGACAGCCAUCAUGUCCUUCAUCAAUGCUGUGCUGAACGCUGGAGCAGGGGAGGACAACCUGGAGUUUCGCCUCCACCUAAGGUACGAGUUCCUGAUGUUGGGCAUCCAGCCGGUCAUCGACAAGCUCAGAGAACAUGAAAACGCCACCCUGGAUAGGCAUUUGGACUUCUUUGAGAUGGUGCGGAAUGAGGAUGACUCAGAGCUGGCCAAACGAUUUGAUAUGACCCAUAUAGAUACCAAGAGUGCCGGUGCCAUGUUUGAGCUGAUCAAGAAGAAGCUGAGCCACACAGACUCCUAUCCCCACCUCAUCUCCAUCCUACAACACUGCCUGCAGAUGCCAUAUAAGCGUGGUGGUGGCAGCCUGCAGCACUGGCAGCUCUUAGACAGGAUCCUCCAGCAGAUUGUUCUACAGGACGAGAAGGGAGAGGAUCCUGACAUCUCCCCCCUGGACAACUUCAGUGUUAAGAACAUCAUUCGCCUCUAUGGCAACCACCGAUGCACAAGGUUGGUCAAUGAGAAUGAGGUGAAACAGUGGCGAGACCAGGCAGAAAAGUUCAGGAAAGAUCAUGUAGAGCUGCUGGCUAAAUUAGAGAAGAAGGAGCGGGAGUGUGAUACCAAGACCCAAGAAAAGGAGGAUAUGAUGAAGACUUUGAACAAGAUGAAGGACAAGCUACUGCGUGAGGGUGUGGAGCUGCGCUCAGCCAAGGAACAAGUUCUGGAUCUAUCGUCACGCAUCAAUGACAUAUCUGGUGGCAGCGUGUCUUUCCCGGCUCCCCCCCCUCCCGGCGGGCCCGUCCCACCCCCUCCACCACCUAUGACUGGUGGCUUCCCUCCGCCACCUCCUCCUCUACCGUUCAGUUGCCCGCCUCCUCCACCGCCUCCGCCGCCACCUGGUGCCCCACCUCCACCACCGGGAGCCCCUCCUAUGUUUGGGAUCCCGCCUCCUCCUAUUCCUUCCUCCUUCAACUCAGCGUCCACACUGCACUCCAAGUCCAUCCCUCAGCCUUCUCACCCGCUGAAGUCCUUCAACUGGUCCAAACUAGGAGAGAACAUGAUCAAUGGCACCAUCUGGAAUGACAUUGAUGACGUGAGAGCUUUCAAGAUUCUCGACCUCAAGGACAUAGAGAAGAUGUUUUCAGCCUAUCAGAGACAGCAGGACCUGCUCACUAACCAAUCCUUCAAACAGAAGGAGACGGGCUCUAUGGACGACAUAUACGUCAGCACACGGAAGGUCAAGGAGCUGUCAGUCAUCGACGGGAGACGUGCACAGAAUUGUGUCAUCCUGCUUUCGAAGUUAAAAAUGAGCAAUGAAGAGAUUAAGAGGGCAAUCCUGGAGAUGGAUGAGAGAGAGGAGCUGGCCAAAGAUAUGCUGGAGCAGCUGCUGAAGUUUAUCCCUGAGAAAAGCGACAUAGACUUGCUGGAGGAGCACAAACAUGAGUUGGAGCGCAUGGCCCGGGCUGAUCGCUUCCUCUUUGAAAUGAGCAGAAUUGACCACUACCAGCAGAGACUGCAGGCUCUGUUCUUUAAGAAGAAGUUUGCAGAACGUCUGGGUGAAACAAAGCCUAAAGUUGAAGCCAUCCUGAACGCAUCCAAAGAGGUGGUUCAGAGCAAGCGCCUGACUCAGAUCCUGGAGGUGGUGCUGGCCUUCGGCAACUUCAUGAACAAGGGCCAGAGAGGCAAUGCCUUCGGCUUCAAGAUCUCCAGCCUCAACAAGAUCGCAGACACAAAGUCCAGCAUAGACAGGAACAUCACCAUGUUGCACUACCUGAUCAUGAUCUUUGAGAAGAACUACCCGGACACGCUGCACAUCCAGCAGGACCUCAGCAGCUUAUCAGAGGCUGCCAAAGUCAAUUUGGCGGAGUUGGAAAAAGAAGUGCACAAUAUUAGAAGUGGACUAAAGGCUCUGGAGGCGGAGCUGCACUACCAGCAGAGCCGGACAAGGGAACGUGGGGAUAAGUUUGUGGCUGUGAUCGGUGACUUCAUCACGGUGGCAGGCUUCAGUUUCUCUGAACUGGAGGACCAGCUGAGUGAAGCUAAGGACAAGUUCACCAAAUCUCUGAAGCACUUUGGGGAGGAUGAGGGGAGGAUGCAGCCUGAUGAGUUCUUCGGGAUCUUCGACACUUUCCUACAGUCAUUUGGUGAAGCACGGCAAGACCUGGAGAACAUGCAGCGACGCAAGGACGAGGAGGAGCGGCGGGCACGGAUGGAGGCCAUGCUCAAAGAGCAGAGGGAGCGGGAACGACGGGCAAAGAAGUCCGGAGCCUCAGACGAGGUCGGCGGCGAGUUCGACGACCUGGUCUCGGCCUUGCGUUCUGGCGAGGUCUUCGACAAGGACCUGAACAAGUUCAAGCGCAACCGCAAGCGCUCAGUAAACCAGCUGGUGGAGGGAGGUGGCCGUGAGCGAGCCGUCACCAAGGUCAACUACUAGGCUGGGAAAAAGAAGGGGACAAAAAAAAAAAAACACUAGACACCUAAAUUCUGCCG